ACUUGUGUUUGAUGGUCAAGGGCGACAGCACAAAAGGUGAUUAAGAGAUUUUUUAUUUGUUAUGUUAUCCUGUCAAAUUGAAAUAUCAAUUAAAGGAAUAAAAACGAGAGAGAAGUUUGAGAGUUUGAGUUUUGAAUUUUAAAAGUAAAAGAAAAAAGGGAAAUUUUUUUAUCAGUUUUUGUUAAGUGUUCGACGAGUGAGGAUCUAAGAGAAACAAGUUUAAGUUAACCACGUGCGACAUCAACAACUCCAUCACGCACCGCACGCAUAAUCAUUGAAAAUUAUAAAGAGAAAAUCUUAUUUAUGAAGAUGAAUAAUCAAAGUGCAAUGGAGUUUCGCGCUGAAUUAAGAAGGAGAAACAUGAAGAACAAACAACCACCUCGAUUGACAUGUGUUGCCAAAUCUCUUUAUGAUGCACCACCACAAAGCAGAUUCUUCUUUCUGCAAUGGUUUUACAACGCAAUUCAUUCAUACCUGAAAUUUAUUUCCAAAUUUGUUCUGGGUCAAUUUUCGAUCGAUGUUUUUGAUUAUUACAUGGUUCAAUUGGAAAAAGUUUUUGAGUUUUGUGUUCCAUCAGCAUAUCGAGCAGACAAUAAUGGUCCUAAAAGUUGGUUGAUCUUCAUUCCAGUCUUGAUUGCGAUUCGAUUGGGUCGUUUUUGGUUGUCGACUUUCAGUAUCAUUUUGGGACAAGGCGAAGUAACAUCGAGAGAAUUGCUUAUGAAAAUGGUCCAUUUCCGUCGCUACUAUCGAAGUGUUAGACACUACGCAGUAAAAAGAUUAACUCCUGAAGAAAAACUGUUAAAAGAAAGACGAAUUGCUGCGUCACCUCAAUGGAUGCUUUACUAUGCAAUCAUUGACAACAUUUUUAUGAAAGGUCCACCUGUUGAACAUCAUUCAGAUAAUUCAGGAUUCGAAGAAGAUCAGACAGAUAAAAACGCAGUAAAUGGGAAGAAACGCGCUUUAAAUGGAAUCGAUGAUGGCGAGGAUGAUGACAAUGCUGAUAACGAUGAGUUGAAUGAGUCGGACUUUUUAACAACAUCAGAGCUUUUAAAUAAAUUUGGGGCAGAAGAUGACACUUCAGCUGAUCCAGAUUAUGUGCCACCUGAGGAUGAACCAUCAAGUGAAGAAUUGUCAACCGAUGAAUUCGAUACCGAAGAAGAAAAAACAGAAUCACAAAGAAAGUUGAAUGAAGGUCAUGAAGGGGAAAUUCCAACAGACAACUCGUUUGAUUGUUUUACAUCGGACGCUGAAGCUAAUGAAAAAAGUAAGGAAUCUGGUCUUGGGCUCGAUGAGAAGCAAUUGAAUGAACUGGAGAAUCAGUUAGUGAUGAAAAUUAUGAAACAUUUUAAAGAUAAUUUCAAUUAUUCUCCUUCUACACCAAUGGACGAUGUCUUUUAUUCACCGACUGAGUCACCGCCUGAACGAAACUUCAAUUUGGAUCAAGAAAUUUCAAAAAAUCGUCUCGGUGAGCCACAAAAUAAUCACUUUCGUCACGAUUAUAAAGAAAAUCGUGUUUUUAUGCAAAUCAACAAUCAAAAUUCCCCAGAGGAUAACUCCAGCAAUCACAUCGGUAAUCAGCAACAUUAAACUUCUAAACAUAAAUAUCCAAAGCAUCGUCAUCAUCAUACUUUCAAUUAUCGUCCUCUUUCUACUUUUUUUAUGUUUUAAGUAAUCUCUCGAAUGUUUUUAAAUAAUCUGUCUGAUCCUUUAUUUAGUGUUGUAACUUUAAGUUUUUCUUGUUGAAUAUUUUUUUGUCAAAAUUGUUUUGUAAUCUUGUAAAAUUAUAUUUUCAUUCAAUAAAAGUUACAAUUUUAAUCACGAAAUGAUUAAUAUUUUUUAAAUUUAUUUAAAUAAAUAGCAAACGAUAGAAUAAAAAAUAUUAAUGAAAAUUUA